UAGAUGAUGAAGAAGUGUUGUGGAGGCUAUUGAAGUACACGUUCGGUCACACUACUUUCUCUUCUCUCUCAUCGAACACAAGAAUGUUUGAAUUUGGGGAGGAACUAAUAAUCGACAGUUACAGGAUUCCAUGGCUGAUCUGGAUCCAGCUGCUUGCUAUGCUUCUUCUCCUUAUCCUCCUCUAUUGCUUCACCGCCACGUCAUCCGAUCUCCAGGCCUCCACCGCCGCCGAUACGCCGUCCUUUCUUAAUCGCUCCGUUCUCACUUCCGCCGAUGCAAACAAUCGUCAGAAGUUGAAGGUUAGAGAAAAUGAAAGAACGGAGACAGGACCAAGCACAAGUGAAGUAGUGGAAAGAGCAAAGAAACCAGAUGGUAGACCGAGGGCAGGAUCGUCCACGACAAACGAGAACAGGGGGGUGAUGUUUGAACCUUCACACCAUCCGUGUCAUAUAUUUGGGCUUGCAAAACAUGCUUUUCUCAAGUGCUUAGGAAUAGAUUCCACCCAUGAAAAAGAAGAUUAACGAUUAUGCCCCUGGUCUUUCGGUCACCUUAUGAAUGUACAGUAUGUUUCUUUUAUCUGUUACCUUGUUUUAGAUCGGUUAAUUUUGAUUCUCGAUGUAACAUUGUGGAAAAGGAAGUAUUCGAUUGAAAGUUUGUAUGGUUGGAGGGCGAAGGUGAAAGCCGCACCUAAUGGUAAAACUGCACUUAUUGGUUA